UCGUGUCGUUUGUUAGACACGCGUCAGCUUAGUGAGCUCUCUUCUCUAGUUUUGACCAAUUCACACAUACCGACUCUCUGCUCUCAUUUGACGUGGACAUCAGCUUGAAGAGGGGCUCAGGGUUUCAUCUCGCAUCGGGACACAUAAUUCAACAUGCCUGGACCAGCAGCAAGUGCAACCAAUGUUGGGGCGUCUAGCCGUUCCCCCAGUAAGACAGUGGCUCCCCGCGCAGCCGGCUCCACAGUCAGACAGAGGAAAGCUACCAGCAGCGGUACACGCAGCGGUGGCAGGACCACAGGAUCGGCAGGCACCGGCGGCAUGUGGCGCUUCUACACAGAAGACUCGCCAGGCCUCAAAGUCGGCCCGGUGCCAGUGCUGGUGAUGAGUCUGCUCUUCAUUGCUUCGGUCUUCAUGCUGCACAUCUGGGGGAAGUACACCCGCUCUUAAUCGCCAACUGAUGACCUUUGACCCUGCGCCUCGAUUUCUUAACACAUUGGACCUGGACCAAACAACAAAUGAACAACAACCUGACACCCCUGGUUCCCUUCUGCACUACAGACACACAAACUCAAUUUUUUUUUUUUAUGUGACUGUUUCAGUACAUGAUCUUCAUCUGCACCGAUGUUGGUAUCCACCCUUUGCUAGAUCUGAUGGGGUGAACGGGAGGAAGCCAUGCUAGCCCACCUCAGAUAUGUAAUGUCUGUGUGUGUGUGUAUAUGUGGCCCUCCUGCUGCAUGGAGGUUCUGUGCAGUACUCAAGGACAUUGUUGUUUUCAGGCCCCAGCAAACAUUUCCCUCUUGUAGCCUGAAUUUCAUUUUUUUUUUUUGUUAACAGCAUUUGUACAAAUGUAAUUGUAAUAUUGUACAAUAAAAAAGUAAAAAAUCAA